UGGAGUCGGGGACGAUGCGGCCUCGGCUUUUCCAUUUCGCACAGUCUCGCGAAAUGACGAACGCAUAACGUUUGGAAUUAGCGCGAGAGGCGGAAUUCGCAAGGCGACUCGGCGCUCGCAGUGCACCGUGGCUUCUUGUUAUGAGCCGAAGAGGUGUUCCGCUUGUCGUUCCUUCACCGCGAGAAACGCGUACGUUCCUCCGCGUCGUUCCUCGCUCGUUCGCCCGUCCCGGAGCGUUCGUCGUCAGGUCGCACCGCUGCUGAACGCUUUUGAGAAUCCACUGCUCUCCAACCGACCAAGAGCAACAGCGGGAGCAGCAACAGCAGUCGACCAGGAUGACGGAGAUUCGUAAGAUUUGCGGCAUCGGGGCCGGCUACGUGGGUGGACCCACGUGCAGCGUCAUCGCGCUCAAGUGCCCGGAGAUUCAGGUGACGGUGGUGGACAAGAGCAAAGAAAGAAUAGCGCAGUGGAACUCGCAGAAGCUGCCGAUUUACGAACCGGGCUUGGAUGAGGUGGUGCAGAAGUGCCGGGGCAAAAAUCUGUUCUUCUCCACGGACAUCGAGACGGCGAUCAAGGAGGCCGAUCUGAUAUUCAUCUCGGUGAACACGCCGACCAAGACUUUCGGCAACGGCAAGGGCAGGGCCGCGGAUCUCAAAUACGUGGAGAGCGCCGCUAGGAUGAUCGCGGAGAUCGCGACCGACGACAAGAUCGUCGUGGAGAAGAGCACCGUGCCCGUGAGGGCGGCCGAGAGUAUCAUGAAUAUCCUGCGCGCUAAUCACAAGCCAGGCGUCUCUUAUCAGAUCCUCUCAAAUCCUGAAUUUCUCGCUGAGGGCACCGCGAUAGAAGACCUGGUGAACGCGGAUCGGGUGCUGAUCGGCGGAGAGGACUCGCCAGAAGGCCAGGCGGCCAUCGAGGAGCUUUGUAAAGUUUACGAGCAUUGGAUCCCGAGGGAAAAUAUCUUGACCACCAAUACGUGGAGCUCAGAACUGUCGAAACUGGCAGCGAACGCUUUCCUUGCGCAACGAAUAUCCAGCAUAAAUUCUUUAUCGGCGGUAUGCGAAGCCACAGGUGCUGACGUGUCUGAGGUUGCUCGAGCAGUUGGGCUUGACUCGCGAAUCGGCUCGAAGUUCCUCCAUGCGUCGAUCGGCUUCGGCGGUUCCUGCUUCCAGAAGGACAUCCUGAAUCUGGUGUACAUCUGCGAGUGCCUGAACCUACCCGAGGUGGCGGCUUAUUGGCAACAGGUGAUCGACAUGAACGAGUAUCAGAAGUCGCGAUUCUCGGCGAAGGUUAUAGAGUCCCUCUUUAACACCGUGACGGACAAAAGGAUCGCAAUGCUGGGCUUCGCCUUCAAGAAAAAUACGGGAGACACGCGUGAAUCACCGGCGAUUCACGUCGCCAAGACGCUGCUGGACGAAGGCGCCGUACUUCAUAUUUACGACCCCAAGGUCGAGGAGGCGCAGAUCAUCGAAGAUUUGACUCAUCCGUGUGUGACGAACAAUCCCGAAGACGUGAAAAGAAGAUUCAGUAUUUACAAGGAUGCUUACAGCGCCACGAAGGACACGCACGCAAUUGUGUUAUGUACAGAAUGGGACGAAUUUAUCGAGCUGAAUUACACGCAGAUUUAUGCCGGGAUGAUGAAGCCAGCGUACAUUUUCGACGGUAGAAAGAUUCUGGACCACGACCGGCUGCAGAGGAUCGGUUUCGUCGUGCAGACCAUCGGCAAGAGGCUCACUAGAUCCGCGAUUUCGAGAGCGUGGGGCAGCCAGACGCAGAUUUAAGAGGAAACGGACCAAUCUACAAGCAAUACUUCCAAUUCGAUGAAUAGUACUAAUGAUAUAUCAAACGAUAUAUCUGCGAAUGAUUGCAAGGAUUUUGCCGAAUUAAUUUAAACGAAUCGAUGCAUUUUUCAAACAGGAGAGAAAGAAUGUGUGUCUGUGUGAGAAAAAGGGAGCGAGUGAGAGAGACCAAGUCGCAUUAUUUUAACGUUCGUUUCAUGACGAAUCUACCGAUACAGAUUGUGUAUCGUAUCAUAUACGACAUGAGAUUACACGCAAUGUUACUUUACGCUAAUAUGUAAGUUUGUACCAAUUUCCUGUAAUUGAUAUGCGGACACAGACGGAUUUAUGAGGAGGCAAUGUGGUUAAAGAAUAGAUUGUAAUCUUUUCUGGAGAUAGAGAGAAUGAAGUAGAAGAAGAAAAGUUUUACUUUUACAAGAUAUCAAUGAAUAAAGGAUAUCGCAAGAAAGUUUUACUUUUUACUAGUAAUCUCCUGUUGUCGUUUAAAUAUUCUAAAAGAUGCGAGAGACUGGAUCCGCCUGUGUUGUUAUGUUAGUUUAUGCGACGCAUCAUCUAAUCAUGUUAGAGUUCUUUACGGGGAAAGUAGAUGGGUAGAACAUUGUAUACUUUCCGCGUCACAAAGAUAAUUUACGUUCCUUUCUCUUCGUGUUAGCAUAAGUAUGAUUUUCAAAUGUCACAAACGCCGUCAUUUUUGUUUGCCGCCAGAGUUAUGCUUGUCUUAAUCAUUUAAACGGCACUUAGAUAUCCAGCACUGGGAAUGUGUUCCGCGCAUUAUCGUAAAAAAUUUAUUUGCAGAUAUACAUACAUAAAUAUACAUAUAUAAUAAUAAGAAGGCAUUUAUUUUGUCCGAUCGUUAAUAUUAGAAGUAUCGAGCGGUCAUUUCUGACCGUUUCUAUUUUUUAGAUUUUUAGAUAAUAUCCUAUUUCUUACAUGAAAGAUAGGGUUCUGUAAUAGAUAGGAUCCUAUCUUUUAUACAAGAAAUAGAAUAUAUAUAUAUAAAAUAAUAUAAAUCUAAAAAAUCUAGAAACGGUCGGAAAUGAUCGUUCGGUACUUCUAAUGUUAAGAAAUUAGAUUUUCGUUCGCGAUUAUUAUUAUGUUAAUUGCUUAUUGCAAAGCUUCUCAUCGUGAAUGUUUCUCUCUAUAUCUAGUCCUAAAUUUUAUUCGGUUUUUACAACAAAAUUUUUAUAUAUUUUACAAUCAUACUUACGGGCCAAUUUAUGUGAAAUGUUUUAUGUGUUCGUUAUUAUCAAAAAAGUAUUUUGAAUAAAAUUUAGAAUUAUUUGCAGUAUUAUGCCGAUACCAAGCAGUGUUUGUUGCAAUUGCGUUGGGCAAUAGUAUCUUAAUAUUACUUGUAUGUUGAUUAUAAUAGGGGUUAUUAUAGUACAAUGACACUUUAUAACGGUAUUAUCUGAAAUUAAUAAAAUUUCUUCAUAGCGCGCUGGUAAAAAACAUACUAUAUCAGGACUUAGCAAAGAUACUGUUUUUGUAGAGUUGUAAAACGUCAUUUUAAUCGUUACACAACUUAUACAUAAGUAAGUUAAAUUUAAUUCUAUAGUAAAUAUAAUGCGCAUAGUUCAUAAGAACGUACACUAUCAAGAUUUAUAAAUAAAUGUUUAUAAAAAAAAUAUACGUACGGUGAGAUUGAUGUCUCAUCAUAGAUAUAUAUUGUAAAAUUUGCUAAACAAACUGUUAUGAAGAGAGAUGUAAAGAAAUGACACCAAAUCCUUCUUAAGAAAAACAAGAAAAGAGGCAAAUCGAGUCUGUGUGUAAACAUUUGCAGUUUAAUAAGUUUCACAUCUCCCGAACAAUAUGAGAAACAUUCGAGGAGCAAAAGUAUCUAACGCUCUUAUCUUGCACAUUAAUUCGCGAUAGCUUUUGCAUGCAGUCACGAUGCAAAGUGAACCAGUCAAAUUGCCAUAUUUUGCGAAUUGCGUAACUUGGAUACUAAUGAAACCAAAAAUACCAACUUCGACGCUAAUGAAACGAAAAUACAAACGGUGCAUGCGCAAAUUGUCUUGCAGUAGCGUAUCAAUUUUUUUUUCCUCUGUUGUAGAACUGACAUAUGUACAUAUAAAAAAACAAGAGAUAAAGGGAAGAGGACUAGUGAUCGCGAUGCUUUCAUUUCGGCAUUCCGCAAGAACAUAUCGGAAGAUGAGUGCGAAGAAUCCUCGAAUCCCAAAUCCUGCAUGUUCGGCAACAUCUUUCGUUUCGGUGCAAUCGUUCAAUAUUGAAAGACACAGCUGAAGGAUCUUUAUAUA